AUGAGCGUAUUUGACAGUGCUGCAGCCUUCGAGCGGAAAUGCAACGAGCUGCGAGGAUCGGCGCGUUUAGCCAAGACCUGCCAUACGUCGCAUGGAGAUCGACAAAGUAACGAGCAGGACGCGCUGCGCCAAUCGACAAGUUCCUUCCAUAGCAAAGUAUUUAAGCAGAUGCAAUUCAGACAAGAGGCCAACGCCAACUGGUCCGUGAAAAGCCUCGAAGGCCUAAUUCAGAAAGGCGACCUCACGCAAAAGGAAGCGGAGAGAAUCAGAGGGCGGAAUGAUUUCUUUGAAUUUUUCAAGCUUGGCAGCAUAGCCAAUCUGGACUUGGAGCUGUUUGGAGACCUUUGUAGAGCUGGGCACUCUACUAGCACGCUGUCAAGACCUCUUUCAAGGCUGCCAAGUAGUGCAUUGAUUGACAAUGAGUCAGUAAGCAUGGCCUUGCCAAGAGGUAAUGGUGAAACUCCAGUUGCAAGAAUGGUGGCUAACUCCAUAAUGGCCGCCGAGUUCGAAAGCAGAACUGGGUCUUGGUAUGCUAGAGUUGCCCGACAUAGCAACAUAGAAGACGCACUGAACAGCCUGGACUUCGAUCAGUUGAACUCCCUUCAGGGCACCUUUUUGUGCGGUGGACUGGAACGUUGUGCUCAUGAGUUGCACUCCUCGGACGGGGGGAUAUAG